AUGGCAAGAAGAAAUGUCCUCAUUACAGGUUGCUCCUCAGGAAUUGGACUGGCCUUAGCUUUAAAGAUGGCAGAAGAUGAACAGAAAAGAUUUAAAGUGUAUGCCACAAUGCGGAAUCUGGCCAAGAAGGAGCCACUUGAGGAAGCUGCAGGUCACAGGUUGGGCAAAACCCUUGAAAUUAAACAACUGGAUGUUUGUGAUGAACAGUCUAUUAAAACUUGUGUGAACAGCAUCCCUGACAGAAGGAUUGAUGUCCUAGUUAGCAAUGCUGGAAUGGGGCUCAUUGGACCUAUUGAAUGUCAGACUAUAGAUGAAAUGAAAACUGUGAUGGAUACCAACUUCUUUGGACUGGUUCGACUCCUGAAGGAGAUUCUGCCUGAUAUGAAGAAGAGAAAGAGCGGGCAUAUAGUUAUAAUAAGCAGUGUUAUGGGAAUACAAGGUAUCUUAUUUAAUGAUGUAUAUGCUGCAUCUAAGUUUGCUGUGGAAGGAUUCUGUGAAAGUUUAGCUAUACAAGCACUCAAGUUCAAACUGCAGUUAAGUCUGAUUGAACCAGGCCCAGUGGUGACAGAGUUUGAAAGAAAAGUGUUUGAAGAUGGAAUGAAAAUGGAUCUUUCAGCUGCAGAUGAGGAAACUGCUGAGAUGUUUACUAAUAUUUACCUUAAAAAUUACAAACAAAUUUUCCAGAGCCUGGGACAAAGUGCUGAAGAUGUUGCGGAGCAUACAGUAAAGAUAAUUCUUUCAGAAAAUCCACCUUUUCGCCAUCAGACCAACACCUUGUAUACUCCGAUGACAACUCUAAAAUAUGCAGAUCCAAAUGGAGAUCUACCCAUUGAUAUAUUCUACAAAAUGGUUUUUCAUCAUGACAAAAUCUUCAGUGCAAGUCUUAACUUUAUCAAAUUGCUAAGAUGGAGAAGUAGAAAGAGCUUUGACUUGGGAAAACCCUCACAAUAA